UGAUCCAGCCAUGGGCGGCCCGUCGGACAAUCCCAUAGCUAUUCAGGCGAACAGACCAUGUAUUAUCUGGCAUAUCGGGCGUCAAUAUCUAGCUCAUCGACAUGGCCGCCAACAUUUGGAUCUCCACAAGUAAGACUCGCAAGCGUCUUGAUUCUGAGCUGGUCGACCGUAAGGUCAACGCGUUGUUGCUCAACCGUAAGGUCAAGGCGUUGCUCAACAAGCUUACGAUGGAGAAGUUCGAGUCUAUCUCAGACCAGAUCAUCCACUGGGCGAACAAGAGUGUGGACGAGAAAGACGGGCGGACCCUUAUCCUAGUCAUCCGGGUGGUGUUUGAGCAUGCAACCGAUGAGCCUGCUUGGAGCGAGAUGUAUGCACGGCUUUGUCGAAAGAUGAUGGAGCAGAUCAGUCCGGAGGUGCAGGGUGACGGAAUCAAGAACUCGGACGGCAAGCCUAUUGCAGGUGGUCAGCUCUUCCGGAAGUACCUCCUCAACCGGUGUCAAGAGGACUUCGAGCGGGGAUGGGUCGCCAAGGAAGCUGCUGCGGCGAGGGCUUCUGACUAUCAAGCGCCCAAGGCUGCAAACAAAAAGGGCACCUUGGAUGCUGAGUUUAAUUUCGAUGAGUACUACGCUGCUCAGAAGGCGAAACGUCAGGGCCUUGGUCUCAUCAAGUUCAUCGGCGAGCUGUUCAAGCUGCAGAUGCUCACAGAGCGUGUCAUGCACGAGUGUGUGAAGAAGCUGUUGGGCAACGUCGAGUACCCCGAGGAAGAGGAGAUCGAGAGUUUGUGCCAGCUGUUGAAGACGGUUGGCCAGUUACUGGACACGCCUAAGGCUCGUGCGCAUAUGGACGUCUACUUCACGCGCAUGAAGGAGCUCGGCAAGAGCCUAAAUGUGAGCUCUCGUAUGCAGUUCAUGCUUCAGGACGUCAUUGAGUUGCGUGAUCGUAAAUGGGUCACCCGCAAUGCUAUUGCCGCGCCUACAACGAUCGCUGCCGUUCACGAACUGGCUGCCAAGGAGAAGGAAGCUAAAGAGAAGGAGUCAUUCAACCGUCAGAUAAGCAUGUCUCGUGGUGGCUCUCGACGUGGUGGCGAUCGCAACCAAGAGCACGGUCCUGAUGGCUGGGCUGUUGCAGGUGGUUUAGUUCCACGGGCGCCUCCCAAGGUUGGCGAUCUUUCACAGUUCGGCAAGAUCAACAAGGGCGCGCCCAUGGCAAUGGUAAUGGGUCCAAGUGGCAUCUUCGCGGCUGGCAAGAAGGACAGCAAGCGUGAGGCACUUUCACGGACAAAUUCGAGCUCGAAUAUGUUCCACAUGCUCAGCCAGAACCCGGAACUCACCCCUGACACUCCCACCAAGUUCAGUCGUUCGUCAAGUUGGAAGCCGGGAAUGGCUUUUAGUCGUGUUAGUGUUCCUCAAACCCCUGUACCGCCCGGGAAGCUCCAGCUUCUUCCACGGUCUAUUCUUACUGCUGAAGAGAAUACGAUGACUCCUUCGGAAGAAGUGCCUGGGAGCUCACUCACCAUCAUGUCAGAAGCAAACGCCAAGAAGAAGAUUCAUGAAGACUUAAAGGAGUUCUUCGCAGUUCGCAAUCUCAAAGAGGCGGAUGUGUACUUCACCAAUCUUCCCGACGAACACCGCUUCCGACUCGUGGACAAGCUGGUUGCGUCUGCGCUCGAGAGCAAAGAAGCGGACGCAAGGUUGGUGGGCGAUUUCUUUGCGCAGGCUAUGAUCAAUGGACAGUGCACGCUUGAGGUCUUUGAGGAGGGAUUCACACCUACGGCGGAGCUUUUGGACGAUAUCGCCAUUGAUGCUCCCAAGGCGUUUGAUUAUAUGGCUAUCAUGCUCAGGGGUGCUGGAUUCGAGAAGGAUCCUGAGAGGCUCCAACGGAUUGCUUCGAAGCUCGAGGAUAGCGACAAACUACUCUCUCUCGUGGCAUGAUCUUGUCCACUCGCAACUUUUGUUUUCGAUAUUUUUACCAGCAUUCUUAUGGCCGUGUAUUUUUCGUUUUUGCUC